AUGGCAGAAGAUUCAUUCUCAAAAAAGAUAAAACUCACUGGCCCUCUGAUCGGCACCCACAAUGGCCGUUUUCACGCAGAUGAAGCCUUAGCAGUCUAUCUCCUUCGCAUGUUGCCGGAGUAUUCGUCUUCUCCUGUCAUUCGCACCAGAGAACCUGGAAAGCUCGAAGGAUGCAGCACGGUCGUUGACGUUGGUGGGGAAUACAACAUCUCGACACACCGUUAUGACCAUCACCAGCGCGGGUUUGCAGAAACAUUUCCUGGCCAUACGACGAAACUUUCUUCGGCAGGCCUGAUUUACUUGAAUUUUGGGAAGGAUAUUGUCUCUCAGCACAUGGCUAAACCAGAUACCGACCCAGACGUCGGCAUUAUCUAUGAGAAGCUCUACACCGAUUUCAUCGAGGCUUUGGAUGCUCAUGAUAAUGGAAUUUCUACCUAUGACCCACAGGGCAUUGAUGCCGCUGGACUGACAAAGCGCUUUCGUAAUGGUGGAGUCCAUUUGGCUGCCGUGGUCGGCGAUAUGAACGUCGCUGAUCCAGGCGAGGAGCUUGACGAGGAUGGCCUGUUCGAGAAAGCUAGCAAGUUCAUCGGAGAUAUAUUCUCUAGGAAACUUCGUGCGGCAACUGGCUCAUGGUUGCCCGCCCGGGGGGCUGUUAAAGCCGCCUACGAGUCUCGUUUCGAUGUUCAUCCAUCCGGCAGAGUUAUCGUGUUCAAGAAUGGCGGAGUACCGUGGAAAGAACAUUUGUAUCAAUUCGAGCAGGCAGCACCAGGAGUUUCGACACUCGGACAAACAAAUGAACCGGUUAUUGGUAAAGAGGUCUACUAUGUUCUUUACCCGGAAUCCACUGAACCAUCCUCCAAAUGGCGCAUCCAGUGUGUGCCCCAAGAAGAAUCAAGCUUCGUGUCUAGAAGACCCUUGCCUGACUCCUGGCGUGGCAUGCGAGACGCGGAUCUUGACAAGGUUAUUGAUGCCGAUGCCCAGAGGAAGCAAUUAUCGAGACCUCCUCCAGGAGCCGUCUUCACACAUGCUAGCGGCUUCAUUGGCGGCCAUGCCAGCAAAGAGGGUGUGCUUCAGAUGGCGAGUAUAUGUCUGGCACAAGACUGA